AUGGCAGAUGCAAAUAUUUCGAAAAAUUAUUUGGAAAACGAGUGUCAAGCCCUGGGAAUUUCUACUGACGGGGUAAAAUCCGAUCUUGUACAGAGAUUGCGCAAACACUUGAAAGGAAAAAACCGUGCAUUCAGUCACGAGUCAGAGGGAUCUUAUAGAAGUGAAGGAGGUGAUUCUAAUACUCAACUACUUGAUGAUGGUUUGGAAACGACAGAAAUGCAGAACUUGAGUUUACAGGCAAAAACACUAAAAGAAUUAGCUUACCAAUCUAGAAAAGGAAAUGCGGCAGGAAUCCCACCCACCAGAGAACAAUCAUCCACCCAUAGUAUUUAUAGGUCUGAGCCAACUCAUGCACAAACAGAAAACAAAAAGAAACGACCAUUGCUAAACGAAGAGGGUGGAGACCAGGAUUUGAUCAGUAAUCGAAUGUUGAUAGAGUUUAAGAGGCUCGAAAACGCUAUGAUAAAUAUAAAUGACAAGUUAAACACAGUUACGGCACACGUACAAGGUACUAGGCACAAAGUUGAAGUCAAUGAGACCUUGCAAUGGAAUCAAGAAGCACUAGUAGCAGAAGGAUAUGGUUGGGAUAUAGCAUCAGCUCUUCCUGAUACACAAGAUAAUUGGUCAAAAGGAAAAGACUCAUUAAUAGAAAAAGCAAAAACCCUAGUAGAAGUGAUAAAAACCAAACAUCAGAGAAUAUAUGAGUCAUCAAAGUCAAGUAACUUUGGUCGUUGGAAUGAUG